AUGGUGGCAGCAGUGCGGUUUUUUCUAGAAGAUAAUCAUCGAAUUCCUUCUAUGGCUCACAGCUUGAAUCUCAUAGUUGAUGCAGUAUUGAAGGGUAUUCCUACUUUCUCUAAUCUUUGCGAUGACGUCAAAAGUAUUGUGACGUUUUUCAAACAGUUCGAGAACGCCUCUGACCAAUUACGAGCUGAACAAGAAGAAUCAGGAAAAAAAGAGGGUGAAGUGCUGACUUUGACGCAAGCAGUCAGCACUCAAUGGAACUCAUGCUUAGACAUGCUGGAGCGUUUUCUUAAGCUGUCUGCACUUGUAGCUAAAAUAUUAGCCACAAAAAGUCAAUCUAACAAACAUACUCCUGACAUGGUUGCAUAUUCGGAGCUUCAUAUACUAAAAGACCUUAUUGCACUUCUCCGUCCUUCAAAAAAAGCUACUGAAGAGAUAAGUGGGGAGAAGUAUGUAACUUCUAGUUUAGCGAUUCCCAUCUGGAGUUUAUUGCGUCAAGUAAUAGAUCAGUCAACUCCAUCAACCACUCUAGGGGAAACUGUAAGAAAAACAUUACUGGAGAAAAUUGAUGAAAAACUCGUGCCCUUUGAAAAAAAAACACCUUUCUCUCAGCUGCAAUAA